AUGGCGAUUAUCUCUGAGAUGCCGGAAGAGAGACCCUCGACUUCGCCGUUUAAAGCAAGCCUUGAUCCUUCAAACCCACUAGGGUUUUUGGAGAAAGCCCUCGACUUUGUCGGGAAAGAGAGCGACUUUCUGAUGAAAGACACGGCGGAGAAGGAGAUCGCCGCUGCUGUUACGGCCGCGAAGGAGAGGUUGAGGGAAGCGGAGAAGGAGACCGUGAAGCCCAUCGAGAAGAAGCUGAAGAAGGAGGAGAGUGUGACUCCCAUGGAGGUGGAGAAGCCGAAGAAGGAAAGCUUGAAGCCAGAGCCCAUGGAGGUGGAGAAGCCCAAGGAGGAAGUGAAACAAGAACCUGGUCCUAUCGUUCCUAACAAAGGGAAUGGGCUUGAUUUUGAGAAAUACUCAUGGACACAGAGUCUCCAGGAGGUCACUGUUAACAUUCCAGUGCCUUGUGGCACUAAAUCACGGUCUGUUACCUGUGAAAUCAAGACGAACCGUCUGAAAGUUGGUCUCAAAGGGCAAGAGCCAAUCAUCGAUGGAGUACUCUUCAAUUCUGUCAAGCCAGAUGACUGCUUCUGGAAUAUCGAGGAUCAAAAGGUGAUAUCGGUGCUUAUGACAAAGCAGGACCAGAUGGAGUGGUGGAAAUAUUGUGUGAAAGGAGAACCUGAAAUCGACACUCAGAAAGUUGAACCAGAGACGAGCAAACUGGGUGAUCUCGACCCAGAAACUCGCCAGUCCGUCGAGAAGAUGAUGUUUGAUCAAAGGCAGAAGCAGAAGGGACUUCCGACGAGUGCUGAGAUAGAGAAGCAAGAUAUGAUGAAGAAGUUCAUGGCUCAGCAUCCUGAGAUGAAUUUUUCCAAUGCAAAGUUUAACUGA